AUGCAGCUUUCCAUAGUUUCGAUACUUUGUAUUGCCUUGGCGGUAGGCUUGACAACCGGAAUUCCUUUAUUUUACGAAAGCGCCAAAGUGUUAAACAAGGUGGAAUUUUCGGAUCUCAACAUCGAUGGUGAUCGGAUCGAUCCGUUGAUUGAUGAGUCUGAGGAGGAGGAACAGCUACGCAACAUCACCGUAAGCAGUCACUCUGAUAUAAGUGAAAAUGAUGAAAACGAUGCAACGGAAAGUGCCGAAGCAAGCGAACAAACACAGACAGUGCUUAAAGUGACGGUUAUUGAUUCGAAUAUUUUAACGGAUGAGGAUGUUACUGGUGUGCCACAGUUUGCAACGACAGAAGCAACUAAAGAAGUAUUAACUACAACCGAAAUACCUACAAUUACAAUAGCAGAGACUAUAACAACGCUAACUACAGAACUAAUGCCAAAUAUAUCAACGAUCGAUAUCGAUCCGAAAGAAGAGACUGUAGCUUUGAAUGGCAUAUCGAUAACGACGAAUGUGAUUGAUAGUGAUACAAGCUUUGAAGUAACAACAGUUUUACCAGCAGUAGAUGAACAAAAUCUAAAUGAAAAUGAAAUCACAACAACUAUUCUGCCUAUCACUAUACAACCGAAUAUGGAGAUAGAAUAUGUUCGAACAGAAAAUUUGCCAGAAACUUCUUCAACAGCUGUGCUUUUGUCCUCGGAGGAUACUACAGAUUUUGAGUAUAGCACAACAACAGAACUAAUCAAGGAAAGUGAAACAGAAACAGCUUUGCCACCAAUAACUGGAAUGAUAUCUGAAUUGGAUACUACGUCUACAGUAGAUCCUGUAACUUACACGACUACCACCGAUGUUACAGAAACGAAAACUGUAACAAUUGUUUCAGAAACGGAUAUGGAACAAUUAUUAACAACAAACGUCGUUUCAUCUAUCCUGACGACAGAAACCGGAAAAACUUCAACAGAAGAAAUAACCACUGCAACAAUUCCUGCAAGUACUGAGACGAACGUGAUAACGGAUUCACAUCUGCUGGAUGCUACUACGGUAAUGGCGACAGAAGCUACACAAAGUACAACAGAGAAUAACGUAUCAAAUGAAGUUAUUAUUACGGAGAGUGUUGCUGUCGAAUCUACCAGUUCAAGUUUAGAUGUUGAAAAUCAAGAAGCGUCAACGACAGUUUCUUCUGGCACAGUCAAUGUAAUAGAAAAUGAAAGCAGUGCAGAAAAUACCGUAACGGAAAGUGAUACAGUGACAGACUUUAGCACAACUGACACAACUACAGCACUUCAAACAGCUUUGUUACCAGAAGAAGUCGUGUCGAGUACAGCAGGUGUUUUGGAAGAAGAUGUCACUACUAUCGUGCCGGUCGCCAGAGAGCUUACAACUGUUAUUGAAUUUAGUGAAACGGCGACUAUUGAGUCAACAGAAAAAAAUCUUUCAAACUCUAGCAUCCCUUUUUCCGAAGAAAUCACAGUAAAACCGGGUAGUGAAUCAACAGAAGCUAUAACUUCUUCUACAUUAGAAUACGUUACGGAAACGAUCACGAGCUUGCAAACACAUUCAAUUACUGAAAAAGAAAUCGUAAUUGACGAUACCACCAGAAGCGAAAGUGAGCAUGAGUUGUUAAAUAAUGCAAGUGAAUAUAUUGAAACGACGAGUGUUAGUUCCUAUAGUAGUGAAACAGGAGAACAGAAUGAAUCUGAAUUAGCAACGACAAUAGCGGUUGAUAAUGAAUUUGUUGUAACAACGAUGAGUUUGACGGAAGGAGUUGCUUUUACUACCACUGAACAGUCGGCAAGCAUGACAACUGUAAGUACGAUCUCAACCGAAAGUGAUGGAGAAGCUACAACCAAAUUAUCUACAGUAAGAAACGUUGAAACAUCAGAAGAAAAUGGAGUUAAACAACUCCCCGAAAGUGUACCGGUUACAAUCGCAAGUAUAGAAACCUCGUCCGCUGAAACGGUAGAUGAUCAAAUGCCAACAAUUUCAGUUACCGAGGCUUCACUACAUUCCACUGAAGCAACAGAGAAGCCUUCGGAAAACGAGGCGUUCGGAACUGAAGCGACGAUCGCUCCUGACAGUUCUACGACGAGUUCAGUCGAUCCAUCUACUACUGCGAUGAUAACGAAGGAACCUAAUUUGCCCACAACUGAUGUCCAUACAAGCAAAGAAACGUUGUCCACUGAAGCUGAAGAUGAUCCGUUGCCAACAAAUUCAGUUACGUCACUAGAGUCCACUGAAACAACAGAGAUGCCUUCUGACAACGAACCGAUCGGUACUGAAGCGAUGAUCACUUCAGAGAGUUCUCCGACAUUUGCCGUCGAUCCAUCUACUACUACAAAAAUGGCGGAUGAAACAAAUUUGCAUGUUUAUCCAAGUAUAGAAACAUUGUCCACUGAAGCUGAAGAUGAUCCGUCCCCAACAAAUUCGGUUACCGAGGCUUCACUACAGUCCACUGAAACAUCAGAGAUGUCUGCUGAAAACGAACCGAUUGGAACUGAAGCGACGAUCGCUCCUGAGAGUUUUACGACGAGUUCCGUCGAUCCAUCUACUACCUCGACGAUAACGACGGAAACAAUUUUGCCCACGACCGAUGUGUAUUCAAGCAUAGAAACAUCAUCCACUGAAACUGAAGAUGAUCUAACGUCAACAAAUUCAGUUACCGAGCCCUCACUACAUUCCAUUGAAGCAACAGUGAUGCCUUCUAACAACGAACCGAACGGUGAUGUAUCAACGAUCACUGCCGUCGAUCCAUCUACUACUGCGAUGAUUACAAAGGAAACAAAUUUGCCCACGACCGAUGUCCAUCCAAGCAUAGAAACAUCAUCCACUGAAACUGAAGAUGAUCUAACCUCAACAAAUACAACUACCGAGGCUUCACUACAGUCAACUGAAGCAACAGAGAUGUCUGCUGAAAAUGAACCAAACGGAAUUGAAGUGACGAUCGUACCUGACAGUUCUACUUCAAGUACCGUCGAUUCAUCUACUACUGAGACGAUAACGACGAUAACUAAUUUGAUCACGAUCGAUGUUAAUCCAAAUGAAGAAUCUUUCCUUUCAUCUAAGAAGGGAACUACUGAUGAGGAGGAGCUUUCAUCGAAAGCAGCGAUCACCGUACUAGCAUUGGUUACUGCCCCACCACCAAUACUUUCUACAACGCACAGCUCUAGCACGGUGUUGUUAACUGAAACCUCGCACAAAACCACCGAAACCCUCACAACGAUAUUAAUGCCUACCCAGCCGGUUAUCCUCGAACAGACUACAGUGCAAAGUAAACCGGCCGUUGUUACCUUUUCCGAAAUUACGUCCGAUUCCCCAUCCACAUCCUCUGCUGCGCCGCGAUUUGAGCAGGAAGCGUCACUAGAUGCACUCACCACAACGGAUAUGGACAGCGGUGCUCGCCAACAUUGGCCACAGCCGUACCUUUCCUUCGUAUCUUUACCACUUGUUACAUUACUGGCCCUUCUCCUUUGA